AUGAACUCACAAGAAAAGAUUCCCUACGCAAAAAAAUUCGCACGCUUACUGAAAGCUUAUAACGUUGAUGUUGUAUUUGGAUUAGUCGGAAUACCUAUUGUAACCUUCGCCAAUGAUCUUAUCGAUGAAGGUAUUAAAUUUAUCUCAUGUAGAAAUGAACAGGCUGCCUCCUAUGCAGCUUCUGCAUACGGUUACUUAAACAAUAAACCUGCGGUUCUUCUAGUCGUAGGAGGUCCAGGCUUAAUUCAUGCAUUGGCUGGUGUUUACAAUUCUAUGAACAAUAAAUGGCCAUUAGUCAUCAUUGCAGGUAGUAACGACAAUGGUAAGCACCAAUAUCAAGGAACUUUCCAAGAAUUGGAUCAAAUCUCCUUAUUAGGAGAAUAUGUUAAAUUUAAAGGAAAAUUGAAUAAUGAAAAUAUGGAUUUUGUCACUUAUAAUGCAUUCAACCAUGCUAUACAAUCUCCACAAGGUGUCUCCUAUGUUGAUUUCCCAGGUGAUUUAAUCGAGAGUGGUAUAAAGGUAGAUGCUACAAUUACAGAUAUAAAACCGCCACAGGCAAUUAAGUGCUGCCCAGAUCCAGAUGUAAUUAAACGAGUCACUCAUUUAAUUGUUGAUGAUUUUCAAACAAAAAAACAAAAUAUAUUGAUAGUUAUUGGGAAAGGUUGUGUUCAUCAUGCUGACUCUAUAAAGUCUUUCAUAGAUAAAUAUAAUUUCCCAUUUUUACCUACUCCAAUGGCAAAAGGUAUUAUCCCAGAUUCUCAUCCUAUGAAUGUAUCUAGUGCAAGAUCUAUGGCUUUGAAAAAUGCUGAUAUUGUCUUAGUGCUAGGAGCUAGACUUAAUUGGAUCUUACAUUUUGGACAACCACCUAAAUGGAAACCUAGUGUGAAAUUUAUUCAAUGUGAUAAUGAUGUUGGGACCCUUGGUGUAAAUAAUAACUCAAACGCUCAUUUAUCCUUAUUAGGAGAUAUAGAUUUGACUGUUCAACAACUAGGUCAAACUAUAGAUAAAUUAUUACCUGGAGGGUUCAAAUAUCCAAAACUACCUCAACCAAUGCAAUUAAAGAUUCAACAAAAUCAUAAGAGGAUGCAAACACAAGAAUAUACAUCGAAUGCUCAAAAUGAACUAAACUACAAUACGGUUUAUCGUACACUAAGAGAAAUAAGAGAUGAUUCAAGGACUAUACUGGUGAUGGAAGGGGCUAAUACGAUGGAUAAAGCCCGUGUUUCAUUCCCAACAGCAUUCCCAUUAAGACGUUUAGAUUGUGGUACUACAGCUACAAUGGGUGUUGGUUUGGGAUAUACAAUGGCCUCUAGACUCACAUUCCCACAACUUGAUACAGUAUUAAUUCAAGGAGAUUCUGCAUUUGGGUUUUCAGGAAUGGAAAUUGAAACCUUAGUGAGAUUAAAACUGGGUUGCGUAUUAGUAGUCAUGAAUAAUUCAGGUAUAUAUCAUGGUAACAAUCCACAUAGUUCUACCAAAUUGAGUGAAAUGUGUCGCUAUGAUCAAAUGGCAAGAGGUUUAGGCGCUCAAGGGUAUGUGGUUACUAAUUUAAUUGACCUAAAGAGUAAAUUCCAAGAAGCAAUAAUUCAAUCUCGUAAGAAUAAUGUUGUUACAUUAUUGAAUGUAAUCAUUGAACACGGAAAAGGUGCAACUGUAUCAUUUGCAUGGCAAAAUAAGACCCCUAGUAAGCUAUAA